ACCGUGUACGCCAAAGUUUCAAAUGUAAACAAACACUUUGGUGGGUCCGUUGGUGCUGGUGAGUCUGGGACGCGAAGUAAAGCCGACCGCGGCAGCCGCCAGGAUUCGGACGCGGAAACCUUCGUGGGAGCUGCAGCGGAACGAGGUCAAGUGCUCGAAAAGGGCAAGGCCAGCUUCCUGCAGAAACUGCAGCUGUUUCACUACCGGAAUGGGUAAGAAAGAAGCUUGGAUAUUUUGUGGGGUUUGCGAUUGAUUUUGUUUGUUUUUGUAGAACGCCGAUUAUGCCAAUGCCGAAGAUCGGAGGUCGGGAUGUGAAUUUGCACCGGUUGCAUUCGGUGGUGGUGGCCCGGGAUUGGUGGUUGAUAGUCAAUUGCCGCGGAACUGGGACGAGAUCAUCCAUGAGAUGGUGCUGCCGAAGCGUUGCGUGAACAACAAGAUUGCGUUAAAGAAGAUUAUGAAAACAGGUUUUGGACAAGUACGAGAAAAUUAUUUUCACGGUGAGGAGAAGGAUCCGACCAAGAGGAGGAUGACGAGGAGUGGGAUUAUCGGAGGAGGUCAGACUAGGGUCAGAGCGGAUGUUGCACUCGGUGCCGGCGGUUUAAAACACCUCAAUUACCUUCCCACAAAUGUUCACCUCGCGACGGCGCAGCUUCAGCCGAAUGAACCUGGGAAGUGUGCCGGAAAAACUGUGUCAUUCUCGAAGGAGAAUGAAGUGCUCGAAAUCAAAUUCCAUUCCGAGGGACUCAUCAACCCCAAGUUCCGGAUGCGCUUCCAGGAUCGGGAACUCCACGUUCAGGCACUUCACUUCCCAGCCGGGAAACGUCGACCACUUUUCCCGAAUCAACAGCCAACUUCUCCAAAAAUGUCCUGAUGAAGGCCGGCAACGUGACCAUCAUGUUCUCUACACUGCUGUCACGCAUCGAAACGUCCAUUAGGAACCGUCCAGCUUGGAGUCUUCGGAAGUGAACGGUUGCUUACCGUAAGAAUCGGUACAGUUUGUACUCGGAUGUUGGCCAGAAGCUUUAAUACAAAAACAAAAUGUUUUUUUGCCCUGAUACAAAGUGUAAGCUAACAGGAUAUCUGUAGAAUCUUCACUCUCCUAACACACAUCCGUUCCAUGCUGCUAUUCAAUCACAACUGACGUUUGACAUUUACUCUCUCGCUCAUGUUCGUUCGUUCGUCUGACACAUCUCUCCACUUACACGCUGAACUUGGUUUACUCAUUUUAUGUGUAGAUGCUACACUUGGAACUACUCAUAACUCUACAUCUCUCUC